GCCCUGUUCUGUCAGUCGGUGGACAUGGUUUGAGUCUACAGAGGAGGAUGCACAUCAGCUCGAAGGGACACUACUGAACCAUCCAGACCUGAGGGCCAGGACCCAGCUCAGAUCUCCGUUUGAACACCUACCUGCGGGUGAUGCUUUGGUGAUUUUCUUUUUAAAAAGAAGGCACAGUUCAAGUUCAAAAUGGCAGACAAGGAUAGUGUGGAAAAAUACCUGGAGAACAACCCACAGUUCGCCAAAGAAUACUUCGAUAAGAAGCUACGAGCAGAAGCCCUAACCGCUGCCUUCUCUACAACCCUUGACAUCAAAGACACCGCAUCGUUCAAGGAUGUUAACUCUGUGCAAGAGGCCGCCAUAAUCUUUGACCUGGUCCAGGAGUUGCAGAAACCGGGAAACAUGGAAAAGAGCCUUCACAAAGUGUUGCAGAGAAUUUCCAUGAUUGUACAGGCCGACAGGAUCAGCUACUAUACCCUCCGUUCCAGAAACGGUACACCCGAGCUUUCCACUUGCCUCUUUGACAUUACUCCUACAUCUAAAUAUGAGGCCAACCUGGUCAACCCACAAGCUGAAAUUGUGUUCCCUAUUGAAAUGGGCGUUGUUGGUCACACAGCCAACUCAAAAAAGCCACAAAAUGUCCCAGAUGUCACAAAGAAUCCAAAGUUCUCUGACUUUGUGGACAAACAGACUGGAUACAAGACCAAGUGUAUGCUUACUUUCCCUCUGAUGGCCGAGAAAGAAUGUCUUGGAGUCGUCAUGGCACUCAACAAAAUUGGAGCAGAUGCAUUCACUGCAGAGGAUGAGAAGCUCUUCCACAAGUACAUGACGUUUGCUCAAGUCGUCGCCCUGCAGCAUUUCACAUCCUACAUGUACAACGUGGAGUCCAGGAGGAGUCAGGUGCUGCUCUGGUCAGCCAGUAAAGUGUUUGAGGAGUUGACAGACAUUGAGCGACAGUUCCACAAAGCCCUUUACACUGUGAGGACAUAUCUGCAAUGUGACCGAUACUCAGUGGGUCUGUUGGACAUGACCAAAGAGAAGGAAUUUUAUGAUGAAUGGCCAGUGAAACUUGGAGAUGUGGAACCCUAUAAAGGACCAAAAACACCAGACGGCAGGGAAAUCAUCUUUUACAAAAUCAUUGACUAUCUCCUGGAAGGCAAAGAAGAAAUCAAAGUCAUACCAGGUCCACCUGCAGAUCACUGGGCUUUGGUCAGCGGACUGCCAACCUAUGUUGCAGAGAAUGGCUUUAUCUGCAACAUGAUGAACGUGGCUGCAGAUGACUACUUCACCUUCCAGAAAGAGGCUGUGGACGAAACGGGUUUUGUCAUCAAAAACGUCUUGUCGCUGCCAAUCGUCAACAAGAAGGAGGAAAUUGUUGGCAUCGCCACCUUCUUCAACAGGAAAGACGGCAAACCGUUCGACGAACAUGACGAGCAGAUCACUGAGGCCCUGACACAGUUCCUGGGGUGGUCGGUGCUGAACUGUGACACCUAUGACAGGCUGAACCGCAUGGAGUGGAGGAAAGAGAUCGCCCAGGAGAUGCUUUUGUACCAGACUACGUGCACCUCAGAAGAGAUGCAGACAAUUCUGAACACCAAGGAGAAGUUUGAUGCAGAUCCGGAAGACUGUGACCAGAAAGAGAUGUACAAGCUCUUGAGGGCAACCUGCCCCGCCGCAGACAACGUUGAUGGUGAAAAUUUGUAUUCGUUCGCCUUCAGUGACUUCCCUGUUUCAGAGUUUGGUCUCAUCAAAGCCGGCAUUCGCAUGUUCUUUGAGCUCGGAGUUGUUGAAAAGUUUAAAGUUCCUGCAGAGACACUGACCAAGUGGAUGUACACAGUGAGGAAGGGUUACCGUUCCAUCACUUAUCACAACUGGAGGCAUGGUUUCAAUGUAGGCCACACUAUGUUCUGCCUGCUGCAGACAGGAAAGCUGAGAAAGUACUACUCUGAUCUAGAUGCCUUUGCCAUGGUGGCUGCAGCUUUCUGCCAUGAUAUUGACCACAGAGGGACCAACAACCUAUACCAAACAAAGAGUACAUCUCCUCUGGCCAAACUUCAUGGCUCCUCCAUCAUGGAGAGGCACCACUUGGAGUACAGCAAGAUCCUCAUGGGGGAGGAGAACUUAAACAUCUUCUGUAACCUCCAAAAGCGACAGUUUGAGACGGUCCAGCACUUGUUUGAUGUCUGCAUCAUUGCCACAGAUCUGGCCCUUUACUUCAAAAAGAGAACCAUGUUUCAGAAUAUUGUGAACGCCACGGAGCCAAUGGCAGAUGAAAAGGAGGCAACCGCUUAUAUUUCCAACAACGCCAUCAGGAAAGAAAUCAUCAUGGCCAUGAUGAUGACAGGUUGUGACUUGUCUGCCAUCACCAAGCCUUGGGAGGUACAGAGCAAGGUGGCUCUGAUGGUUGCUGCUGAAUUCUGGGAACAGGGUGAUCUGGAGAGAACUGUUUUGGACCAGCAGCCAAUUCCCAUGAUGGACAGAAACUGUGCUGAACAGUUACCGAAGAUGCAGUGCGGUUUCAUCGACUUUGUGUGCUCGUUUGUGUACAAGGAGUUCUCCAGGUUCCACAAAGAGAUUACGCCCAUGUUUGAUGGUCUGAACAACAACAGGGCACACUGGAACGAGCUGGCUGAGGUCUAUAAUGCAAAGAUGAAAGCCAUAGAAGAUGAGAAGAAGAGACUCGAAGAAGAGGAAGCCAAGAAAGCUGGAGGUGGUGCUGCCGCAGAGGCAGGGAAGUCAAAGACCUGCACCAUCUGCUAGGCCUUCUGGUAUUUGGAUCUGGACUGUUUAGGACUGAUCUAGACAUCUCUACUCUCCUCUGGUCUGACAGUCAUCAUUUGGACCUUUUUGUUCCUACUACCCAGUCCACACCAGUUCAGCCCUCUCUGGUGUCGUCUGGUUCAGAGAACUAUAUUAGUCAUAAUUUAGCUAAUACUGGUCUGCGGUGCAGUCUGGAAUGUGUUAGCUUGUCUUCGAGAGGGAUUGAACAUACUUUACAAAGAUGUAAUAUCAGGACUAUAACUGCAGAUGAUGUUUAAGUCCAAAGAGGUGACACAUGUAAAACUAUGCUUUGUAUCCCAAGAGGCCAAGAACACUUGAAAGGUUAAACAUGAUUGAUCAACAGGUAUUUCCCUGUAAAACAGUGCUAUUUCUGACAUGUUCUGGAUUCAUGCUUGGACAAGCUUAUGUGCAGAUCAUUCUAAAAUUCUAAUUCUUUAUUGUGCAUAGUUUUAAACAUUGGCUUUGUGAGCAUACACAUGUCAAAGCAGCACCGUUCAGCCAUGGUGUUUAUUGGCAGUCACUGACACAAAGUACAGCAGUUCUGUAGCUUGUAUAACAGACUGAGCUGCUUAUGUAAUGGCAGUGGUAGGUCUGAAAAGAGACAAGAAGACCAGUGAGGCAGAAAAACAACAUAACUGCAUUGUAAUCAAGACAAACUAUUUCACUUGUGAUUAUUUGUAACGGUUAAAGGAACACAGGCCGGUGAAAUAUGAAAAUAAUCCCCAAACACUUAAAGAGGGAGUGGUAGGGAGUGAUAACGUCAGGCAGCAGGGCUUACUUUGUACUUUAAAAGGCACAGAUAUGAUGCUGAAGGUAUUUCAAUUUUAAUAUGCAAUUAAUCUGUAUACUACUUUUUUGUGAUUCUUUGAGUAUUUUGUACUUGCUGUGUUUUCUUGAAAGGAAACUUUAAGAGGAGCUUUGAGAGAGGGUGUUCUGUAUGCAGAAAUGUCAUUCGGGCACGGGAAAUACGAUCUGAAAUGUUAUUGCCAGCUUUGACUGACAUCUUAAAGCUGUUUGAACCUGGAGAAAUAUGUAUUAUUAACCUCAAUGUUUAGAUCAAGUUUGAAGUUCCAUGUCAUUUUCAUGAACUCACUUGUAUAUAGUUUAUACCAUAGAAACUGUAAAAUGUACAUUGUGCAAAUUUGAUAAAAACUGAAGGAUAACAAAGAUAUUUGUUGAGGGCUGUGAAAGCAACUCUUGCUUCCCUGAAGCAGACAAGCCAGGCCAUUCAGGGCAUCGACCCCUCCUAUAAGAAGCUUUGAUAGGAUUUGUUUGCAAGCCAAGGUUUGAGAUACACACAACUUUAGACUUUAAAUACCCACAUUACAGCAGGGUUAAAUAAGGCUGCUAAUGUCUUAUUAUAUGUGUGUGCGGGCAACACGUUUUUGUGAAGCUGCAGAUCUUACCCCAUUGAUUGUAUGAUAGCCCAGUCAAAGUUCUCCGCUUGUCUGACUGAUCAGAUGAUUGUUAAUCAAUACCUUUCUUCGUUAACCUAAACCAAACUGAUCUGGUCAGGCAUCUAAGCUUACAGUGCAACAUCAUUGUAUCCUCUAUCCCACUGGGUGAAAGCAAGCUCCUAACUUCCUGUUACGCAAUGUCAUCUCCUCUAAUCAAUGGGGCAUCAAUCAAAGACGUUUAAUCCUAUCAGCAAAGCUUUGAGACAACCUGGUAACUCCUUGUCUGCUUCCUGAGAUGAAGGGAAGAGUUGUUGUAAUCAUUGGAGUUGUAAUCAUUUUACAAAUCAAGCACUGAGAAAAAUACUUUACAAUGGAAUUUACUCCACUUUUUCUGCUUUACUAUUUUGUGGUGAUGGUGACAUCGUCAGUUUUGUUUCCAGUGAUAUGAACAGCCUCUAACUAUCCUUUUUGGAUCCUUUAAACUAAUACGCUGUAUGCUUUCUGCUUAUCCCACCAUUUGACUUUGAGACAUUAGAAAUCUGUUAUAUGAUGUAUGAAAUUACCUCAACCCAAUGUGUAAACUAUAAGACAUAAUAUAUAUAAAUGAAUGUAGAAAGUCAUGGAAGUGUAAAAUAAAGUAUA